UUUUUUUUUUUUCCAAAAUAAAGACCUGUUUGGGAACAAAAAGAGCCGGUUCUUUUUUGGUUGAGCGGAGCCAAAAGAGUCGAAUCUCAAGAAGAGCCGAAAGUCCCAUCGAACGGAUGUUGCCCUCUACGCGCGCGGGUUUAUGGGUAAUUUUAUGUGCCGACAACAGCAGCUAAACGCUAAUAGAAAACGGGUGGUAAAAACAGCUUCCGCACUUAUUGUGGGCACACAAAGUUAAAUGAUUUUUUUAAUAGGAAGACAUAGUCGGACGCUGUUCUCUGUCUUGUAGCCCAGGAGGAGUUACAAACAGCUGCGUUGCUCGACCGGUGUUCCUAAUAUUUAUUUAAAUUGGCGCAACAUGAGUUUGAACGAGCACUCACUACAAGCACUGUCCUGGAGAAAACUGUACCUGAGUCGAGCCAAACUGAAGGCUUCCAGCCGGACAUCAGCUCUGCUCUCCGGGUUUGCUAUGGUGGCCAUGGUAGAGGUGCAACUGGACAACAGUUACCCCUACCCACCUGCUCUCCUCAUCGCCUUCAGUGCCUGCACCACUGUGCUUGUUGCUGUGCACCUGUUCGCUCUCAUGGUCAGCACCUGCAUUCUCCCAAACAUAGAGGCUGUCAGCAACGUGCACAACCUCAACUCUGUGAAGGAGUCGCCGCACGAGAGGAUGCACCGGCACAUCGAACUGGCCUGGGCUUUUUCCACCGUCAUCGGCACUCUGCUUUUCCUCGCAGAGGUGGUCCUACUGUGCUGGGUCAAGUUUUUGCCAAUCAAACCCGACAAAUCCAACAAUAGCACGGUUUCGUCCGGCGUGGCCGCCGCCAUUACCUCAACGUCCAUCAUGGUUCCCUUUGGUUUGAUCUUCAUCGUCUUCGCCGUGCACUUUUAUCGCUCCUUGGUUAGCCACAAGACUGACAGACAGUUUCAAGAGCUCGAGGAGCUGUCCAACCUCACCAGGCUUCAAAACGAGCUCGAUAACCGGGGGGAGUCGUCCAUGCUGCAGUCGCCGAGCUCGCACUUCCCGUAGACGAGCACGUCUGUGUAGGAUCUUCGGAGUCCUUGGGAUUUCUUCCAAGAUGGAAGCCACGAUUUUACGGAUUCAGAUUUUUAACAGGAGUGAAGAUAUUGGAGUCUCAGACUUUGUGGCGAAUUUUACUUUUGUGGAGUUGUUUUCUUUAGAAGACACUUUUCAACUGUGAACUCAAAACGCUGCCAUAAUGCUCGUCACUUUGAACUGCUGUCUUAAAAAAAUGUUGAUUUUAACGUCGUUAUGGCAGCCAUCUCAUCGUUAACUUGGAAUACUGUCAUUGCCUGCUGCGUUCAUUUAUCAAAUCCCAUUUAUGGUAAUGUGUUUUGCACCGAUGCUGCUUUUUGUGAACCACAGUUUUAUUUGUUCUGCUUAUAUAGGAUCUACUGUAAGACUCACCGAUUUGUAAUGUUUGAUAUUUGUGUUAACAGACUAAACAGCUGCCAAAUGUAAGGUAUUAGUUUGUUAUUAAGACUUGGCAGAAGCUGGUGGGGAAAUAAACACUUUUCAAACCAAGUGACAACAUAAAUUUACAUCUGACAGUUUUAAAAACAAAACAUUUUGGCGUAUAUUCUCUGGUUUCACUUAUAAAACUUGUACUAUACAUAUGGUUUAUUUCACAAUUAAAUCCUAAUUAGCA